AUGAAAUGCUUGCCUCGUGAUAAAAUACAAGGUCUGGAUGGCAACGUCGUACACGAUAGUCAUGCUGAAAUUUUGGCACUGCGCGCCUUCAACCGCUUCCUUCUUGAUCAGUCUGCCUUGCUGUGUGCUGAUCCUUCUGCUGACAAUAUCCUGCAAUCAACCUCUGCACAAAAGCCCUUCACAAUCGAUCCUCACACUACUAUACACAUGUACUGUAGUGAGGCUCCUUGUGGAGACGCCAGUAUGGAACUUACAAUGGCUCAACAGGAAGACCAAUCUCCCUGGACAUCCACUUCAGGAAACGAGUCUAAUGAGCUAUUCGGAAGAGGCUAUUUCGGCACUCUAGGCGUAGUACGUCGGAAGCCUGCUCGUCCAGAUGCUCCUCCUACCUUGUCAAAGUCAUGCUCUGACAAGCUCGCUCUCAAGCAAUACAUGUCUGUACUUUCUGCAGUCAGCUCCUUGUUUAUACACCCAGAGAAUGCUUAUAUCCAUACUCUUGUCAUGCCUCAGAGUCAGAUGGUUUCAGAAGCUUGUGCUAGAGCCUUUGGUCGCGAUGGACGUCUAUCAGCAUUGCAAAGUGCAUCUUCUGGUCCCUUCACCUUUCGUCCUUUCACUGUUCGUCCAACUACGCGCGAGUUCUCCUUCAGUCGUCGUAUCGCCGAUCCAUCUACCACUUCAAUCGUACCAUCGAACAUCUCUUCUUUGACAUAUGGCCCCAAACAAGAAACUCUUAUCAAUGGCACGCUCCAAGGGAGAAAACAAGGUGAUCCGAGAGGAGCUUCUGCCGUCUCCAGACGCUCAAUGUGGGCCCUGGCUCUGAAAGUUACUGCUUCACUGGCACAGCCUGCUCUUGUCGCUGCUCUUAGCGCAAAGUCCUACGCAGACGUCAAGGCUAGCAAGAUGCUGUCUGACCGCGAAGCUGCUAAGAAAACUGCCAGAGAUCUGUCUCUACAAGGCUGGAAGAGAAACACCGGUGAUGAUGAUUGGCUGUUGACGGAAGCCAAGUCACCUGCGAAAUGA